CCCAGAUCCGCGCAACGCAGCGCCGCCCGCCCCUCUGUUUACAAUAAGUAUAGCCGGCCGAGGCUCAGCCCGAGUCCUUCCGAAAGACUUCGGCUGCCGCCAGCCGCGUCCGAAGCCGGAUACGGAAAUAACCGACGACAUCCGGCAUCCGCCGAAGGGAGCUUCGGCGGCUCGUCCGUAGGCUACGGAGACGCACGAAGGUUGCCUCGAAGCAAAACUCGGGCGAGGAGCCAUCAUGGCGGACCAGGUUGCGGAGCUCCGGGCGGAUGGCAUCCAGAAGCGGUUGGUGCAGGAAGGCCGAGGGCCCCAACCAGAUUACCAAGAUGGUACUAAGGUGAGAAAGGACGGUUUCUCGGGGCUGAGGUAAAUAACGGAACGGGGCCGGAGGAACGCGCAUGCGCAAGCGAGUGGCGAUGACGCACGAGGAGGCUAAAAUACGCGUGCGCAGGGAAGAUAGUGGGGUGCGGGGUUUGUGAGUUGAGCUCGUUACCCACGCUUUAUUACAUCCAGCAUUUUGCUAACUCGAGGCUGAUUUGUUCCUGCCUUCGAGAUGGACGGAUUCUUCCCCCACCCCGCCCAUAAAUGUGCAUUUUGCAAGCUGUGCUUCCAAGUCCACUUCGAAUAUGUGACGGGUUAAUCCCGAGGGGGGGAAGGAAGUAUGGGGGGGUCUUAUUUAUUUAAUAAAAUGUAUACACUGCUUGGGGGACGCGGGUGGCGCUGUGGUCUAAACCACAGAGCCCAGGGCUUGCCGAUCAGAAGGUCGGCGGUUCCCCAAAGCAUCAAUUGAUACAAGAGGCCCUGCCCCAACCUUCAAAACAGGAUCAUAUUUGCAGUGAGAACAGACUUGGUGCUUGUAAACUGAAUAUGUGCAUUAAAAUAGGAUAAAGCCACAUCUGUGCUACCAGUAAACACUUUACAGAUUAAUCUGCAUAAUUGGAUAGUGAAGACACUUGCUUCUCCCAGUCGUGGUAUGCGUGAGAGAAACCUUUAUUCCUUUAAGAAGGGCCAUAGGUGAGUAGCAGAUCAGGUGCUUUGUAUGCAAGUUCUGCACCAGGCAUCUUCAAUUAAAAGGAACAGAUAGGAAGGGAGAGGAAAGGGCCUCCUCUUCCCAUGACCCUGUUGAGCAGCUGCUGGUAGUCAGAGCACGUAACCCUAAACUAGGGGGCAAAUAGUCUGAUCUGCUAUAAAGUAGCUUCCUGGGAUAAAAGUCACCUAGGCCACCUUUAGCUAGUAGCAGAUCUGUGUUUAUAAGAUGCUGAAGCCCCUUCCUCCAUUUACAUUUCCUAAUGCAGUAACCCCCCCUUUAUUCUCUGCCUGAGAAAUUGGGGGACAGAGAUAUUUAAACAAGUUAUUUUUAUUUGCUGUAUAAUUCCCCUACAGCAUCAUGAAUAACAGUUUCUUCUGGCUCAGUAGCUUGUGAGACCUGCUGCUCAAUCCACCCACAUAGCAGUAUGGUAUGGUGAGUGAGCUGGUACAGGCUUGUGUUUAAGUCGUAGCCAUGGUUGGCCAGGACUUGCAUGUAGGUGAGUGAAUGGGCUAGCAGAGGAGGGAAUGGAGUGCUCUGUUCUUCUGCAUCCAGCUUGGUACUGCAACUCUCCAGUCUUUCUUUGCCAGCUCCCAGCUGGCUACUAAACAUUUUUGCAGGCUAGGUAACUUUUCUGGGCUUAUUUAAAACCCUGGGCUAGGACUUUCUAUAUCUAUUUGCCGGUUGAUAUGACCAGUUAUUUAAAUGGAUGUUGAGAAUCAAAUCUGUAUUUAUUUAAUGCUUCCCAUAUAAAGUCCCAAAGUGAUUUAGCAACAUCCAUAUAUAUGUGUGUGUGUGUGUGUGUGUGUGUGUGUACAUGUCAAGGACAGAUGCAGAUGGGGGGUGGAACUCCACUUGAAAAGCUUAUUGUAGAAAAUGAAGGUUAUUUGAUAGGCCCCGAAAAGAUGAAAGAGUUGGUGCCUGCUUGAUGCCAUGAAAGGGAGCUUCAUAGGGUAGGUACCACCAUGUUAAAGGUCCAGUUCCUACAGUGCAUGGAAUGGAUCAGCUAAUAAGCUGAAAUUUCUACAAACUCUGUUCUUAGCUUGAUUGCACAAACUCUUUCACUUGUAUACAGUAAGGGCAAUGUACUGUGCUAUUAGCUUUAUUCAUGAUAUUAUAAGUUGGUGUAAUACCACGUCAGUUCCUUAAUCCAACCAUUCCGCUUCCCCUUCUCUUCAGGUGACCUUCCACUACCGCACACUGCUCUGCAGUCCGGACCAGCGAGUCUUGGAUGACAGCCGUACCCGAGGGAAGCCCAUGGAGCUCAUCAUUGGCAAGAAAUUCAAGCUGCCCGUUUGGGAGACUAUCCUGCACACCAUGAGAGAGGGAGAGAUGGCUGAGUUCUUGUGUGACACAAAGGUAAUCCUUGUGGGAUGAUCAGCCUCAUAGAAUUGUUGAGUUGGAAGGGACCACGAGGGUCAUCUAGUCCAAUCCCCUGCAAUGCAGGAAGUGGGGCUCAAACCCAUGACCUUGGGAUUAAGAGUCUCCUGCUCUACCAACUGAGCUAUCAUAGAACCAACAUUCUUAAGUCUUAAUUAAUGCAUGAACGGGUUAAUACCACAGAAUAAGCUGUCCUGCCAGGCUUAGUUAGAUCACUUCCCCUUAGGUCAUCAAGCCUAUUGUUCUAACCUCCACGUACAUCUACCUGAGAAGCUCAGCAUGGCUCUCACAAACCACUAUUUUGAGUUCCUAGACCAAUCAUUUAGAAACUUUAACCACUUUGUAACUUAGCCAACUUUUAGUGUCUGUGCAACUUUAUGAAGCCAUUUGAAGUCAGUAAACCAUUUUUAAUUUACCCAAUGUGUGGUCUUUUUCUAUGUUAGGGGAGGAGGAAAACUUUGGAAGGAGCUUGGAAGGGUGUAUUAUGAAGGUCUAACAACUUAUAUUUCCACACUUUAUUUUGCUGUAGAUUUUGCUAUUUUAAAUCUGCUAGGGUUCUCUCACUAAACAGUACUUGCCUCAGACUUGGAUCUUGGCAUCCAGGUACUCUUCUUUCUAUAUACCUGUUUUUAAGUUGAACCCAGAAUCCCCACUUCUGCGGCAAGCUAGCUUGGUCUAGUGUGGGAAGUGGCUUAGACAUACCAGGCCAGGAAAGGCCUCUUCCCUAACCCUGGCAUCUGUAGUUUCCCUAACACAUCCUUAUGCUUUCUUGGUGCAGAAUUGGAGUUUCCUUAGCUGCAGCUUUCAGGAUUCUCCUUCCACAACUCACAACUAAGUAUUUGGAUCUGGCACAGGUGAUGGAAUGCCAGAUUUGUUCUUUUUGGAGAGACAAUACACCAUUUUGCACGUGCACAAAAUUUUAUCUCAUAUCUUUGGGGCUGAUGGUAUUCCCUGGGAGAGGUUCUUCUCUCCUAGCAAGAAGGACUAUGCCUGAUCUUUUCUUUCUUUCUCUCCAGCAUGUGGUCUUGUACCCAAUGGUGUCAAAGAGCUUGAGGAACAUUGCGGCUGGGAAAGAUCCACUGGAGGGACAACGGCAUUGCUGUGGCAUUGCUCAGAUGCAUGAGCAUCACUCCCUGGGUUACCCAGACCUCGAUGAGCUGCAGCAGAACCCCCAGCCCCUCAUCUUUGCCAUUGAGAUGCUCAAGGUGAGGGGAAGGAAAGGUGAGGUCCUCUGGAACAGUCAGAAUCAGGAGAGUGAUGACUCUCUUGUGUAUUUGAGAGUUUCUCCUGUAUGUGGGUGUAUGGAUGUGCAAGAAGGGAGGAGAAAGCUGAUUCCCAACAGAUCUGUCUUGGUCUCCGCUUUUAUUUUCUUGGCUAAGUACAUGAGAUGAUUUUGCUAGCUUUUUAAAGGUACCACACAGGGAUGAAGCAGCAGCUGCCUACUGAGAGCCCUCCUAUUAUCUCACCCCCCCCCCCCCCCCCCGUUUCAUAAAUCUCAUCAAAGACUGUUUUUUUUCUUACCUGUACCCUGGGAUGCAGAAGGCACACAGUCAGACGGGCUCUUACAGUGCUCACAUUGCCCCCGCUAUCUAACCCAGCCUGCUGCCUUUGUGCCUUGCUUAGGUGGAAGUUCCUGGCACAUACCGGCAAGAUCCUUGGGCCAUGUCCGAUGACGAGAAAGUGAAGGCCGUGCCCCUGAUCCACCAGGAAGGCAAUGAGCUCUACAAGGAAGGCAAAGUGCAGGAGGCAGCUGCCAAGUACUACGAUGCCAUCGCUUGCCUCAAGAACCUGCAGAUGAAGGUGAGUGAAGGCGCGUCUUCCUCACACCCUAGUGCAGCUUCACUUUUGUCUACACAUUUGUGUUAAGAGGGUGGGUGGGUCAGCUCCGGAUGUAGCAGGGAUCCCACUUCCCUUGCAUCAUGCUGCAGUCAGAUGUGAGUUGUGGAUUGAUAAGCAGGGUUGGCACCGCAUAAAGGGCAGCCCUUCUUCCUGCGCAGUUCCUCCCCUGUCUUUCAUUCCAUAAGGUCUGCUCUGAUGGCAGGGCUUCCAGGAGGCCACUCCUUUUCCGUCAACAGGGCCCUUGGUUGUGCUGCCCAGCCAUCAUGGCACUUCUGUUCUCAUAUGUAGGGGAACCUUUGAAAUCCUCCAGCUGUGCCUCACGCUCCUUUCCUUGUCCUGUACCCCAGGAGCAGCCCGGAUCCCCAGACUGGAUCCAGCUGGACCAACAAAUCACCCCUUUGCUGCUGAAUUACUGCCAGUGUAAGCUGUUGAACGAGGAGUAUUACGAGGUGCUGGAUCACUGCUCCUCUAUUCUCAACAAGUAUGAAGGUAAGGCAUUUUGCUGGCCACACCAUGCCCUAGUGGGGAAUGGGAAGCAGCUCUGAAAAUAGGGAGUUGUGGGAUUUGAUUAAUCUAACUUUGUGUUGCGAGGGACUGCAUGUGGGGGCAGAGGCAACCUCCUGUGGUUUUAGAGAGCCAGCGUGGUAUAGUGGUUAACGUGUUGGACUAGGACCUGGGAGACCAGGGUGCACAUCUCUCAGACAUGAAGCUCACUGGGUGACCUUGUGCUAUGCUAGUCUCCUAGCCUAUCCAACCUCACAGGGUCGUGAAGAUAAAAUGAGAAGGGGAGAACCCUGGUGCACCACCUGGGCGAUAGGUGUGAUAUGUGUCAUUUUAAAUAAAUAAGAGAGUCCUUGCAUGUAACUGGGGUUGAGGGGGGAGCUUUGUAUUGUGCCCUGGUUGAAAGUGGAAUAGACCACUGGGUGGGCCUGGUCAGAGUGUACGGAGCCUGCCUGCAUUACUCAGGUGCUGGCUCUCCCCGCAGAUAACGUCAAAGCCUACUUCAAGCGAGCCAAGGCCCAUGCUGCUGUUUGGAAUGCAACCGAAGCACAGGCUGACUUUGCCAAGGUCUUGCAGCUGGAUCCGUCGUUGGGCCCUGUGGUUGCCCGGGAGCUGCGUAGCCUGGAGACCCGCUUACGUCAGAAAGAAGACGAGGACAAGAUCCGUUUCAAAGGCAUAUUCUCUCAGUAGCCACGAUGCCGCCUGCUGCUGUCCCACUCGGGACAGCUGAGGCUUUGCUGUCGGCGCUCUAGGGCCAGGCAGCGCCAAUGGACCAUGAGACUCCUUGGCUCAGGGCUAGUGCGGCCCUCCCCUUUGCACAGAUAUUGGGGAAGCCGCCCUUUCUUGUCAGCAAAGUAUGUUGCCUCUGUGCAAAUAGCAGUAUUUGCCAAAGGGAAGAGGGAGAGGGAAGGGAAGGCUUUCUGAUUUCCCAGGCCAAAGAGGAAUGUGUCUGCCAGAUUAGGUGUGAGCCUCUUAUGUUAUCCCUCCAAGUGACCCUUUACCCUGUUCCAUUGCACACAGUGCCUUUUCCUGUGUUGCUCAUGAAGAGAGAAACUUAGCUUGUGUGAGAGCUGCCAGGAGAUACUGUGAGGUAUGCUUUGUGUUGUGGGCCAAGGCUGAAUGGGCCAUUUAUGAUGAGAGUUGCAUGAAGGUGAUCAGUUCUCCCUUUUAGUGCCAUUCCUCCUUGCCAUGCCCUCUGUGUGCAGUAGUGCAUGUGUUUGCGCUUGUACUCAGUCCAUCCUGGCUAGUGUGCAGGUUGUAAGGCGAGGUUGCCCUUUUCUGGCUCCUGGCUGUGUGGGAUGAUGCCCCAGGAUCCAAAUACAUCUCCCUUUGUGAGGGAACCUUACGUGGUGUAUUGCUGAGUAAGAAGGAACCAAACCAUUGGAUGCUCCGUCCAGCAGGUCUUUUUAAAGGAAAAAGAGAGACUGCACCUACUGCAUUGUGGUUGUUGUGUUGGAAACCUUUGGCUUCUUUAGUUAAAGUGUGUUGUGGUGUGAUAGGUCAACCAUAGACAUGCGGUGCCCUGUGCUGCUUUGCAAUCUAGGAGGCUCUGCCGAAUGCCAGCUUCCCUGUUACUUGAUGUAAUGGCUGCUGUCAACAUUCCUUGUUGUUCCUGGUGCUUUGUAGCUGGUUGGAGGAAGAGGCAGUUUCAAAAUAUUUUCUGCUAAAAUGAAGAACUCUUCAUUUCUUUGGGCCUUUAGUACAUGACUGAGAGAGAGGAGUCUUGUGCAUAUUGUUUCUUGAUGCCUCCAGUAGCAAAUAUUCCAAACUGAUGCAGUACAGCAACAGGCCUCAGUCCUUCCUUCUCUGAGAGGUAGGGCUUGGGAGCAAAUAGCAAAAGGUGAGGCCAGCCAACCAGCCCUGCUAGAAUGUAUAUAUUUGAGCAAUAUACUGUGCAGCAUAUUCUGAAACUCCGAGGGUGACUGUUGCCACCUUCUGAAAUGUUUAAGCCACAUCAAGUGGCACAGGUAAUUGUUGGCACCAGUGAUUUACCUAAGGCCAAGGGCACACCAGGAGGGCAGCGCCUCAUAAACUUUCCCUGUGAGUAUAGCAGCAGCCAACAGUAAGGGGAUCAUGUCAAAGGCUCAGAGAGUUUUUCCCUUCCUUCUGUGUAGGAAAAGAUGAUGGGUGGACAUGCCGUCAUAAGCAGCUUUUCCCCUUUAAUUAUUUCAGAAACUGAAUCAAAGACAGUCAGAUUCACUGAAAGACUUAGGGUGCAAAGAACACUUGUUCAGGGUGUUUUUCCGUGAGGAAGGAUCUUUGCCCCAACCCACCAAGGUUAUUUGCUUGUUAGAAUGGGUUUUGUGCUUGGAUUGCCAAUCUUGGGUACAGAAUCAGUGGAGUUCAUACCUGAGCAAUAUCAGGACAAUGGGCUCUUAUAAUGCCUUGAAUCCCUGUUGUAUGGUGAGUGUGAUUGCAGUCUUUGCCUGGACUGUGAAACUGGCCCUAAAAGUGGGAGAUACCAUUUACCUACCCAGUUCAAAUUGGAUUACUUGUGUUCCUACCAAAUACAUCUACAGAGCCAAUAAUAAUGUAUUUUAAUUUUUUUUACAUCUUCCCAGUUACCUUUCCUUGCAAAUCAGUUUAUUUUGUUUUGUUGGUCUGUGCUGUCUCUCUUCAGUAUACAUCUGUACACAGUGCAGACCCCCCUCCAGACUGUUUUCAGCACCAGUGUGCAUAGCACGGUCUGUAUAGCUGGAUUAAAAACUGUAGCUGUCAAGGUGUCCCAUGGGGAAAAGGCACCUUGCUUUUUCAAAGUACUGUGUGCCUGUACUCUCCAACUUCUACUCCAGAGGGCAGCCCAUUGUUGUCCUGAUAUUAUAUGCACUUGCAGAGAAAAUGGGAGAUCAUCCAAACACCAUACCAAAUCAAAAUUGAAAUGUCAUGAACCAAGCAGAAAGGAACACUUUGUUCAUCCUUCUGCGGCUUUAAAAUUUGCUACCCAGUGUAUAUUUAGCCUAGCACAUGCCCCUAGGGAUAAAGUGGGUGAACAGAGAAUGUGGGAUCGAACGCCACAGUUGGCACAAUCUAUUAUUUCUGUGCGGCUCCCAUUCAGUUCAGCGGCUCUUGCACUGAGGAACUUGGCAGUAGAUUGUGCUCAGUAAUGGUCGUCUAAAUAACCACCAGUAGAAUUCAGAGUUGUACAAUAAAGUUUCCUCUCUACCACAAAGUACUGCAAGAAAAUGUUUUUGCUUAUGUUUUUUAAUGGUUAGAUUAUUGUACGUUGCCUGUCUUUGAGCUACAAAGGUUGUAUUGCUUUUUUCUGGACCAUAUCUAUAUUUGGAGCAGGUAGGGCUUUGUUGGUCAGCUUUGAGUCUCAUGCUACACCUAUCAAAGUCUCUGUACUGCUAGUGCAAAUCAGUUGCAGAAGGCAAGCCUGGCUAACACAAAAUCUUUGGGAAAUAAUUUUUAAAAAUCAUUGUGUUUCUAUAUUGCAGGUUCAAGUGUAUGGUAUUUGUUUAUAUAAAAAUUAAACAUAUUCAAAAGCAAUUUGGUGAUAGUUCUGGCAUCUUUGGGUCCUGGUGGAAACUGGAAAAGAAGCCAGAGGAUUAAAAACUGGUGUGCUUAGUCUAGAUCCCCGUUUACCUCUGAAUUGCCGUCAAUAAGGAAAAUUGCAACUUUUUCUUCCAAUAAUGAAAACAAGUAAUUUGCUAUAAAGGAAAGUUGAAACAUCUGUAUACCUACUCUCCUGUUCGAUGGCUUGAACAAGGAGUUGGCUCAGGAAAUCAACACAGGCACAGCCUUGUAAGUAAAAUUAUUGUACCCUGUUCAGUUGACUUUCUGUAGCCUAAUCCCUCCCCUCAGUGAUGGGAUAGAAAUUUUAUAAAGCAGCCCAGGAAGGAAUAGAGCACCUCUGAAAUGUGAAAAGCUUUAGCCCAUGGGCUGGAUACCCGUAAGCAGGUUUUCCUGCUCAAUUAUUAUUCUUUUUUGGUCAUCUGUUACUAAUAAUUGACAGAACUCACUGUUGUGAAAGUUUACAUCUGCUUGCACAACAGGACUUCCACCUUGUUUUCCUCACCUCUGCAGCCCCUAUGGUUCCUAAAAUUGUGGGAAGACUGCAGGGGGAAGGAGAGGAAGGUGGAGUUCCGCUAUGCAAGUUCAUUCCACCCGUGCAUGGACUGUUACAAACAAUCCAAGGAAUUUGAAAAAAAUAAAAAAUGGGAAAGAAUUCUACAAAAAAUGUCUUGUGAGCCUGUGAGUGAGGUACUGAAACAAAGAAAAACAAUUUCAAUCCAAUAAUUUAUUAAACUUCCAUCUUGUAAAGCCAGUUACAAAUUAAACAAACAAAAAGAGCAGAAGGAAAUCUGCAAUAGAAUUAAUGGAAGUUAUACUUCUAAUUGGGUUUAAGCUGCCUGCAGCAACCCAUGAGCCAGGACAGAGCAGUAAUUCAGGGCUAAGGACUGGGGAGCAGGAAGGUGUACUAAGAAGGUUCUAGUAUGUAUCAGACCAAACAGGGAAUAUUAAGUUCACUAGUCGUCUUUGUUCCACUCUGCAACCUGGUGAGGGCCAAAACAAAGAGGUAAGAACUCUUAAUGUGACUCAGUCUGGUGUCUUAAGGCAAUGUUUCUCUUUCAAAACUACAGAAUGGUGAGACAGUCUGUCCAGCCUUGCUGAUGUAACUACAUAACAUGCACAGGAUAUUUGGGUGGGCACCUUACAGGAGAAAAGAGGUGGCUGCUAAACUCUGAACUGUGGCUUUUGUGUUUUCGCUUCAAUAAAAAAGAAAGCAAUUAUAAUUACAUCACUGGAUGGCUUCUUCAGACAGGUGUGACUUACUUUAUUUGCAUUCCCAGGGACAAAGGGAUGGGAGUGUGGAAACGAGAUCCCUGAUUGGACAAUCCUUUGUAGAGGAAAAGUUCCAGAUUCUUUGGGUUUUACUGAGUGGGCUGGACAAGAGAUUUGAAAUUCAACCUUGGUAGGUCAGAGCAGAUUGGCAGCUUGAUUUGCCUAGCUGAAAAAGAAAGUGGAAAACCCCAAAAUAGCCUGGAAUAGGGAAAAAUGCUGCCUUUGUGCUUAGACAGGAAGGCAUAGUUGAAUAUAAUUCCCCUCAAAUUACACAAACGUAGAAAUGGAUAGUAGACAAAGAAUCUUGGCUGUAUUUUUCUUUUUAAAAAAUUAAGUCCCUAGCCCCAUAGGCUAUGAAAAGAUGCUUACAAAUAUCUGGGUAAUGGCCAAAGAUGUCUCAGAAGGCAGGAGGUGGGCAGAGUAAGAUUUGAACCCUUUGGGGACUGGACUUCAAUACUUUAUCCACCUCUUUACCCCUUUCCUACUGCUAGCAGAAGCAGGAUAAAGAGACAUAUUUUGCAUUAACUGCCUUUCAUCUGUCAUCUGCCAACCCACUGCAAGCUAGUAUCAUUGGAGGGCUUAUGUACAUGGCUUUUCUAAGCAACCACAGUGGACCAAUGUGGCACUUAGCCUAGUGGAAACUUGUUGGUCUCCAGGUGGAUGAACCCCUCCAUAAGCUCCAGCUAGAACAGCCCAUGGACAGGGAUGAAGGAAAGUGUAGCCCAGGAAUAUCUGGAGGGCCACAGAUUCCCCAUCCCUCCCCUAGGGCUUCAGCAGCUUACAGGAUAAACCCAUUCUUCCCAGGUUGACAUGCUGGAGGCCUUCAGGAGAGAAUGGAGCAAGUCCUCCGACAGGUGGGGAUUCAGAGAUGUACAGCCAACUCAUCUGACUCCUCCCCGUGCCCCGAUCCUUCCCUACCUCAUCAAGCACAGAUGAUUCCUUCAGCCUUCUGUGUUCUCA